UUUCAACCCGCAUAUUACAUCUCCAUCAGUCCAUCUCUAUCAUCCAACCCUAGAGCCUCUCUUCUCUCCCUCGAUCUUGAGAUCUCCCGAACUUUCUAGAGCCUCAAAACCCUAGCGAUCUUCUCCGAUUCCGAGAGCAAACUUGGAUUCGACAUCGAGGAAAACCCUAUCGAUCCCCGCAUCCCUCCAUCCUCAUCCAAUCUCGGUUGGUGAGGAUGUCGACUCCUGCAAGGAAGAGACUGAUGAGGGACUUCAAGAGAUUGCAGCAAGAUCCUCCUGCUGGUAUAAGUGGUGCUCCCCAGGACAAUAAUAUCAUGCUCUGGAACGCUGUCAUAUUUGGACCUGAUGACACUCCUUGGGAUGGAGGUACGUUUAAAUUAACACUUCAAUUUACAGAGGAUUAUCCUAACAAACCACCUACUGUGCGCUUUGUUUCUCGGAUGUUCCAUCCAAAUAUUUACGCUGAUGGAAGUAUUUGCUUGGAUAUUCUACAAAAUCAGUGGAGCCCUAUAUAUGAUGUCGCUGCAAUACUCACAUCAAUCCAGUCACUACUUUGUGACCCAAACCCCAACUCACCAGCAAAUUCUGAAGCAGCUCGCAUGUUCAGCGAGAACAAACGAGAAUACAACAGGAAAGUGAGGGAAAUAGUGGAGCAGAGUUGGACAGCAGAUUAAUGGUCGACAAUUGACAUGCUUUGCUCCUGGCAAUGAUGCAAAAAAAAAAAAAUGAUGAUUCUGCCUAUAUCCAACCAAAAUGAUCAAAAUUAUCAAACCUUAGAUAUAUAUAUUUGUAUUCCUAUGCAGAUGAUGAUAUAUCUUCCUUGUUUGCUGUAUAUUUGGCUUGCAAUGCAUAUGUUUCUGGAUAUUUGAACUCCUAUGUGACUGCGGAGUAUUAUUGAGCCAUGUGCUGUGGAUUCCCUUUGCUCUGUU